CGCAUCCGAGUCAGCUGUAAAUGAAAGAAAGCCUCAAAAACAACAAACACACAGCUUGGCACAAGGCAUUGCAUGCAAUUUUCUCAAAAUCCGUCAAAGACUUUCGGCCGUGAUCAAGUCAGGGCCGAGCAGGAGCCUGGCUGCCGAUUUUGUCACUGAGACUUUCCCGGUUGGAAUGAGAGGAAAUCGAAAUGGCCAAGGCGAAGACGAUGUUUGCGACGCAGGAGGGGCCGGCGAACGCUCUUGCCCUUAACAAAGAUUGCAGCCAAGUCGUGAUAGCAGGCAGAAAUGUGUUCAAAGUUUUUAACAUAAACGCCGAGGAAUUUGUCGAAAAUUGCAAUCUGCGGGUCGGAAAAAACAUCAACUUGAAUUUUUCCUGCAACGAUGUCGUGUGGAACACUUUUGAUGACAGCAUUUUGGCGACGGCAGCCACAAACGGGGCCGUCGUCGUUUGGAAUCUCAACAAACCAACCCGGUCGAAACAGGAGCACGUCUUCAACGAUCACCGCCGAACAGUCAACAAAGUCAGUUUUCACCCCACUGAGGCGGUGUGGUUGAUUUCUGGGUCGCAGGACGGCACCAUGAAGUGUUUCGAUCUCAGGAUUAAAGAGGCAACCCGAACCUUCAUAAGUAAAACUGAGAGCGUGAGGGACGUGCAGUUCAGUCCGCACCAGAUGCACACCUUCUCGGCCGUCGCUGAAAACGGGAAUGUCCAGUUGUGGGACCUGAGGAAGCCGGACAGGUGUCUCUCCCAGUUUACAGCACACAGUGGGCCGGUUUUUGCUUGCGACUGGCACCCAGAAAUGUGCUGGCUUGCCACUGCCUCCAGAGAUAAAACUAUUAAAGUUUGGGACUUGACGAGCAAACCCAGCCUCGAGUACACCAUUCCAACCAUCGCCUCUGUCGGCCACAUCAAAUGGAGGCCACAGCGAAAGCACCACAUAGCAAGUUGCGCCCUCGUCGUCGACUGCAGCGUCAACAUUUGGGACAUCAGGAGGCCGUAUAUUGCAUUUGCCUCGUUCAACGAACACCAGGACGUGGCCACAGGCGUUGCUUGGAGGGGCGACCCUCACAUCCUCCUUUCGACCAGCAAAGAUUUUACUUUGUAUCAACAUGUGUUCAAAGACGCAGCUCGGCCCGAGAGCAAAGCAAAUCCACAGGGCAUUUCCUUCAACAGCAAGGGAGACAUGUCUUUCUCAUGCAAAAUCAACAUCAACCCUGCCACUUUGUCAAAACUUCCAGCACUUUUAAGAAAAACCCCACUGCACAGUGACCAGUUUUGCCAGGUUACUAGUUCGAUGCACACAUUUGUAUCAAAGGCACAAAAAGAAGUCAAGUGUUUUUUGGAGUGUGCCAAACGUUAUCAACUGUCGGGGAAACCUCUCGCCGAACUUUGUGAUCACAAUGCUGCUGUUGCAAAGCAGCUUGGGAGGCAUCAGGUGAGUCUAGUCUGGGGCAUUGUGAAAACUUUGUACUGCACAACAAACACCAGCAAAGUUGCCGACAUGCAGCAAACUCCGUCAGGCAAGGACUCGCGAGAUGACCCCAACAUCACUCCGGGUGCCAAUUCCGAAGCUCACAACGGCACUGACGGUCGUCACACCGACAAAACCGACAAGGGUGACACAAAUGGAGUCAUUCUGAGCGAGGACAACGACACGGAGACAGACGAGGCGGAGCAGCAGGACCAGAAUUUGACAACAAUUGCCACCGGGCUUGCCAUCAAUCAAGGCGAUUUUUUCUUUGGCGACGGGGCUGAGGGUGAAAUGGACCAGCUGCACGUUGACUAUGAACAGAUGAACACUUUCGACAUGAUGCAGCAGGACUGGACACUGCCGAGUGAGGCGUUCAACUUGCGGCACGAAAUCGAAGACAGGUCUCCACCUCCUGAACAGUUUCCGAAUCACUGUUCUGUUGACAUGAUUGAUGUUACUCCUCCAGAGGAAUCCAACUUAAUACUACCCCUUAUCAAUGUUUCUGGUUUGCCCCGCAUGAGUCUGUUUGACCCGAGUGAGGUCGUAGCGUCUGCACUAAACAGGCACGCCGAAAGUAGUGAUGUACAAACCGCAGCUUCUGUUCUUCUAGUCCUAGGAGAGAAAAGGGCAGCUCACAUUGAGGAGUGUAAACAGGAGACGUGGUUGCUCGGAUACUUAGAACUCCUCGGCAGACACAAAUUGUGGAACACAGCCACAAAAGUCAUUAAGUUGAGUUGGUUGCCGAGCAUUCACCAACUGAACCAGCAGAGCACUACCCUACCAACGAACUGUGCCAGUUGCAGUCGACCUCUGCGCCGGAGUGGCUGGCAGUGCGACAACUGCCACCACCCUUGUGGCAAGUGCGCCGUCUGCAACGAACUGGUCAAAGGUAUUUACUCCUGGUGCCAGGGCUGCUCUCACGGCGGCCACUUGGCCCACAUGCAGGACUGGUUGGCCAAACACAGGUCGUGUCCCGCUGGUUGCGGACAUGCCUGCGAGUACGACUGAACGAACUUGUUUUAAUUUGUCCAAAGAGCAUGUUUUAUAAAAUAAAAUAUUAUACAAGGCUGUUAAUG